UAACAUCUGUCAUUUGGAUCAUUUACACCUUCUGUAAAUGGUUGUCAAGAAUGGCCUCUAAACCGUUGUAGCAACAAACUACUUCCGGUGUCAACAAUUUACUUGAGCAAAGCAGGUAAUAGCUUUGAUAUCGAGGGACAGUUUGUAGGGGUACUGGUCACUCACCAAGAGCAAGAAGACACCAUGGCUUCACUUGGGAUAGACAUGAUUACAAAGAAGCUCAGGACGGCCCGGGAUCCGUACACAACUUUAACAGACAAACAGAUUAAUAAUAUUCCCAGGGACCCUGGUGCCUUUUUUAUGAUAAGCCGACCAGAGAAGUCUUACCCAGAGAAGGGUUGGUACAGGGACAGAUAUGCCACGAAUACCAACCAGCAUUUGUUCCGCGGCCACAAUCAAAAAGAACCUCUCUGUUGGAUCGACGCCCAAUGGCAACGGGAUCCGCCACAACUCCACAACACCUGUCGACAUGGUGCAUCCGAGAGAUGGGGACCCGACAAAGUUGGAAAUAGAACCAUGCAGCAUUUCAACAAACCAGAAGAUCCCAAUCGAUUUUUGACAACCGAACUCUACCGAAGACAACCAACAAACUUGCCUGGACAACUCAACAUGUCCUACGGUCGACCGGCGGAAGGAUAUUAUGCCCUCAGAAAUCCCAACUCAACAACGUGGUUUGGUUCUUCCGUGCCUCUGAACAGAACACAGAUUUUACAGGACAUCAAUCCAAAAACCAGUGCUGAGUACGAACAGAUAAAACGGUUUAAUGAGUCGAGAGUUCUGGAUAAGAAAGACAACUUCCCAUUUUACUCCGAGUACACAGACCGAUUUGCUGCCCAUACUAAAACAGUCCCAAUUCUCACCACGGAUUGUUUUACACCAGAACUGUUUGUCAGGUUACAACGACGGAAGAUGUAUCUCCAGGAAUCGUGAAUUACCCCGACCCAGCAUUAACUGUGAUACUGCAUUACAUGUACUUAAAGAAGACUCAAUCAAAUGUGUAUAGUUUUAUGCAAUACAAUGUGCGAUUUAUGUAAAUAUUAUCCAACAACCUUGUUGAAAUUAUUUGUUUUGUUGCAUCGGUUCAAAGUUUAUGUAUUAAAGAUAUCCGUGUACAA